CAAAAAUAAAAAAAAAAACUUGUCAAAUUAUAUACAGAGAAAAUUAAGAAUUUUUUUUUCUUUCUAAUAAUGUAAUUAAAAUAGUGUAGAAAUCGUGAAUUACGAUAGAAAAAAAAAUAGCAGUAUUAUUUAUGAAAAAUAGUUCUGUAAAAUGUUGCACGAAAUUUUGUUAUCCCUCUGGGGAUGUUCAACUAGUGUUGCAGAAAUUAUUAACACUGAUUUUGAAGAUGCAAGUAAUAAAUUUCAUCCAGGCGAAAAGGCGAUAAUAAAAGAAAUUUUGGAAAUAGUUCAAGAAUGUAAUCGAAUAAGAAAAUUUAUUAAACGUUAUUCGCCAGUUGAUGCGCCAAAUAAAAAUUACACAGAAACUGAAUUAGUUCUUGGUUUAUAUUUACGAGCUCUUUGCAAUGGAAUGGACGAAGCUCUCGAGCCUUUUCGUGAUGAAAUCAUUGAAAUGGAGAAAAUUAUUUUAAACGAUUCACAUACUCCAGUAUCGAUGAUACUUUGCCGUUUGCAAAAAUAUAUUUCUCUAUUUUGCGUAUUCAAUUCAAUUAUAUCAGAGAUACAAACUCGUAAACUCUAUGGAUGUAAAUUAUUACAAUGUGUACAUCAGCAUUCAAAUACAGGAAUUCCUGAAGUAAAAAUUGCUCUUCAAAAAGUGACACGUUGUAUGCAUGUUGUUUUUUACAAGCAUUUGAUAAGUUGGCUUUUAUAUGGACAAUUGGAGGAUGUGCAUAAAGAAUUUUUUAUUCAAAAAAGCAACGAUGACUCAGACGAUCUUGGAAUUUCAGUUGAUGGUAUGAAUAGUGGCACAUCUGAAGUGAAAUUCACAAACAUGUGGAAUUACGAUAUACAAAUUGAUAUGCUUCCUUCCUACAUUCGCUCCACCUUGGCCUCGAAAAUUUUGGCCAUUGGACAAACUGUCAUCAUGUUUGGAAACGAUCCUCGUCAGAAAAAAGAAUUGAGAUACGAGGGAAAAUUGGAGAAUUCAAUUUGGGGCGAAAAAGAAUAUGAGCAUUUUGAAAAACUUCAGAGUUUACAAAUGCAAACAAAAUUCAAUGUAGUGGGAUUUGAGAAAACUGUUGAUAAUUUGAAACUUUGUGUAACUGAACAUUUAUGGCAAGUGACUGUUGAAGAAGCACAAUUAAUGCAACAAUUGAAAUUAAUGAAAGAUUUUUAUCUAAUGGGAAGAGGCGAUUUAUUUUUGGAAUUUAUUAGAUUAACAACACAUACUUUAAAUAUUGUUCCAACAAAUCAUACAUCGCGUGAUAUUAAUUUUGCCUUUCAAGCAGCAUUAAGAAAAUUACAUUCAAACGACGAGAGUGCCAUGGAUGGAUUUACUUUCUCAGUUAAUCUUCCCACUAAAAAUGAUGAUGAAGGAAAAGAUCGUGAAGAUCCAAUUGAAAAACGAGGUUGGGGUUUGAUUGUACUGCAAUAUAAAGUUGUUUGGCCUUUACAUUUAUUGUUUAGUCCGGCAACUUUAAAGGAUUAUAAUUCACUCUUUCGAUUUUUAUUGCGAGUGAAAAAAACACAAAUCAAUUUGUGGAAUCUUUGGAGAGAACACGCGCGUUCCAAAAAUAUUGAAAUCGAUGUGAUUCAAUUGCGAAAUAAUUUGAUAUUCAUUGUUGAUAAUUUGCAAUAUUAUCUUCAAGUAGACGUUCUUGAGAGUCAAUAUACAAUGAUGGAAAACAGUAUGAAAAAUACAAGAAAUUUUGAAGAAAUUCAACGAGCACAUUCUGUUUUUAUGGCAAAUGUAAUGUCGCAAACAUUUCUUUUGAGCAAUAAUGCAGGAAAGAAAAAUCCAGUAAAUGAUCUUAUACAAUUAUUACUACGUCUUUGCGAUGAUUUUAUUUUACAAUCAUCGCUUUGGAAUAUGGAAAAUCUAUUGGAUUCAGAAAAAGAGGAGCUACAGAAACUCUACGACACUUUGGAAAGUUUAAUGGACUGGCUUACGAAAACAUUAAGUCGAGUUCGUUCUCAACCAAGUGGAGAACAUUUGGCACAAUUGCUCUUAAGACUCGAUUUCAACAGAUGGUUUAGUAAGAAACUAGAGAGAAUCUAGAAAACUUCAAUUUUUUGAGAAGAAAACGUGAGUGUAUAAAUUUAUUAUUCUCUUUUUUUUUUUUGCUCUAUAAAAAUAAUUAUUUUUAUAAGAUGGUUUUUUGAAAAAAAAUACAAUUUUCAAUGAUCAUA